GUGUCCAUCCCUGACACCAGUAGCUCCUGUAUGCGUGCAGUGUUGGAGUUCAUGUACUGUGGGCUGCUUUCGCCCUGUCCUGACCUGGAGCCUAUUGAGCUCAUCAUCCUAUCCAACCGACUGUGUCUGCCACGCCUUGUUGCCCUCACAGAGCAGCAUGCUGUGGAUGAGCUGCUCCAGUGGGCGAAGAAGGGAGUGGAGAUUGACGGACACGUGCUGGCUUACCUGGAGUUGGCUCAGGUGAGUCUUUACACGUACCAUAUACUCUGAAUGACAGUUGUACUGAUGACACUGUUACUGCAAUACACAUACUACACAUAAUACAAAUACUACAUGUUGUUGUUAGGAAAAUACUAUUUCACUGGAGAGAACAUUCUAACUGAUAUCCAAGAAGGAUCGGACCACCCUAUAACUCAGGCCUAUAUCAGAUACCCAACUGUAGAAAACGUUGUUCUACAAUGACAGGUGACAUUCAUCUUUUAAAGUCAUUUGUCCACUUCCCAUUCAAGUUCAUCUUUCUUAUUUGUAAAGUAAGAAAGUUUGAGGUCUUUCUUUUCAUUGGACCUUUUUGAUGGACUGCUCACCUAUUCAUUCAUCCCUUGCAGUUCCACAAUGCCAAGCAGCUGUCUGCCUGGUGUCUCCAUCACAUCUGCACCAACUACAACAGCAUCUGUCGCAAGUUCCCUAAAGACAUGAAGGUCAUGUCUCCAGGUACAGACUGCAUUCCCUCUCUCUUCUCUACCUCUUUGUGUGUCUCCUCGUCCACUCUAUUCUCAACAAAUUGUUCAGCUCCUUUGUACCUAUAGUCCCACCUCCAAUCCCCAACAUCGCUCCCCAUCUCUCACUCGUUUCUCACGUGGCUUUUUGGUCCCUUAUAUUAACGAUUUCUUUCUCUUUCUAUAUCUAUGUAUGUAUCUCUUACUUUCUCUCCCUUUCAAUUAAUAAUCAAUUUAUUCUGAUCUCCCCCCCUCUCUCUGCGUGUAGAUAACCAGAGGCACUUUGAGAAGCAACGUUGGCCACCAGUGUGGUUCCUGAAGGAGGAGGACCGCUACCUGCGCUCUCAGAAGGAGCGCGAGCGCGAGGAGGAGAUCCUACGCAAGCAGCGCACCAAGAGAGGCUGGUGCUUCUCCAGACACCCGUCCUCCUCGCCCCAC